UCCGUUGGCAGUGAGCGUUAAUUGUUAGGUUGUGAGGAAGUGCAGCCUUUACCCCUGUCGGUUAAAGGUACAGAGUCACUAGUCAACGGGUAGAAGUAAACUUAAACCCGCAGACCGUAAAUACUGCGAUCAAAUCCGGAAACCGCCCUGCAGUUCAUUCCUUCAGCGUCAAGUACCCCUCUUAGCACGGUAAUGUCCCAACAGUGGAGCUUCUGUUAUUGAUUGGGAUACAAGGCCCUUCGAAACGCCCCGUUGACACUUCGCAGAUCAUUUCAUCAGCCAUCAUUAGAAAAGAGAUUAACAACCGAUCACUUUGGAUUCUAAAUGGCCGCUAGGAAAUCAGGAUCAGAUUUUCAGAACUCUGGUGCAGCUGUUAGUUAUUUGGAUGAUGUCACUUUUAAGAUUGGUGAUAAAUUCAAGAUUCCAACCAAAGUGGGAUUUCCUAUUGGAUUUUGUAUAUCAGACUACUCUACACGACUUGGAGAGUUCCAUUACGAUUUCUCUUUAGAGAAGCGAACAAUAAAAUGGGCUGAAGAGAUAAAACGGAUUAAAGCUGCACAAAAGGCAGCAAGUUUAAACAGGGAAGUUCCUUCCAUGACUGCUGAAACUGAGGUAUUCGCGGGGAGAAAAAGUGAAAUCCAAUCCACUGAUGGAUCACACUCUUCAACAGUUCCACUGCCUUUUAAUCCUUUAUUUGCCGGCUUAACGCACAGCAAAAUUUUAACUCCAUUGCCAGCUAACAGCAAUAUGGUGAAGCAAAAAGAUCCAAGUCCCCCCUACACAACUAAAUUCAAUAUUGCAGACUUUGAAAGUGAAGAGGAUCCUUUUGAUAAACUGGAAUUGAAAACACUCAAUGAUAAAGAAGAACUCAAAAAUAUUCUCGCUGUUCAAGCAAUUUCACGGCCAAUGAUCAUUCCACAAUUGAAUAAUGGCCUGGACAUGCAGAUUGUGGGACACACAGAUGCACUACCAAGCCCAGAAGUGCAGGCCUCAUCUGAGGAAGCAGUCUCAGAUUUCAAAUCUCUUCAUAAGCCAAAUGGCCUCAUCAAUUUGCCACAGUUAGAGAGCUGUGAAAAAGUGCCCUUUACUGCCAAAGUAUCUCUCCCACAUGCUUCAUCUGUCAGCAAUAUCAAAUCUCUGUCCUUUCCUAAAUUGGAUUCUGAUGAAAGUGAGCAGAAGACUGCUAAGCUUGCUGGCACUUUCCACAGCACAAGCCUACCCAAUGGCACUUUGUUUAGUUCAGUAAAGAACUGUGAACAGUACAAAGGUAAUGGUUUGAAUGGACAUGACCUCCCUGUUGUAUCCACGCGUUCCUCGUCAAGUUUUGACCUCGGGAUUGAUAACGUAGCAGCGUCGUCUUCCAAGUGUGAGGUUCCACCAGUUAUUUCAACAACUGGAACAGAGCAGUCCUCUCAACAUGUAGCAAAAGUGGUUAGUUUUCAAGACCAUCCCACUGCAGAAUUGUUCACCACAAAUGCUGGAGAUGCCUCAAAGAGACUGGAAUGUGUUGAUCCACUUCAAACAUUAACCCCAAGUGAGAGGCAGUGUGCAGAAACUAUAGUUAGCAUGGGAUACUCCUGUGAGAAUGUAAUCAAAGCCAUGCAGAAAAGAGGAGAAAACCUAGAACAGGUCCUUGAUUACUUGUUUAUUCAUGGACGACUCUGUGAGCAAGGCUUUGAACCAACACUCGUAGAGGAAAGCCUAGAAAUCAAUCAGUGUUCAGAGCCAAAGACCCUGGAAUUUCUUCACCUCAUGUCUAAGUUCAGAGAAAUGGGCUUUGAGCGAGGCGUUAUUAAAGAAGUCCUCGUCGUUCACAAAAAUGACCAGGAGAAAGCUCUGGAAGACUUAAUGACCCGUGCAGGAGCCAGCUGAAAGCAUCUCUUCUAUCUCAGCUUGAUUGAGGGUGUAGAGGGGAAAGAAGUUCAUCCCACAUAUGAUUCAUUUUCCAGUUCUGUUAUAUACACACAGCUGUGUAUUUCUUUAUUUUUAUUUGGAAUGGGAUUGGAAGGGAUGGGCGGGCAUUAGGGAGCAAACUCUGCUUUACCAGGAAGUCUAAGCUGAAGAAGACACAAGUACGGAUGUCUGUGGUAGAACUCUUAAUAUUUUUACAGUUUCCCUGGGUCAAAGAAACCUGAAAAAGUACAGCUGAAGUGUUUUUCACUUGUCUUUCCAAACAUAAGAGAUCAAUAUAUUCAAUGUUUUUUUGAGCUCUCCAUUCAAUCCAAAUCCCCCUUCCGACAACAAUACCACAAAUUGUGCAUUGCCAUUCUUGCAGUGGAGUUUAGUUUGGUAUGUGGAAAAGCUGGAUAAUAAUUUUCUAAGGUUAAAGCUGCUUUUUUUGUCCUUUGUGAAAGGAUACAUUUACUGGACUGUAGGCUAUUUUAAAGUUGUUUAUGAUUAUGUACCCUAUAGUGCAAUAGGAAUUAAUAGAUCAGGACUAGCUUGUCAUUUGUCACUGGCUGGGUGUUGUGUUACCAAGCGAAUGGGCAGAAAGGGCAAAAUUCUCAUUCUUAACAAGAAGAAAAUGAGCAAACCCAGCAGUGAUUUGCGCUCCAUCCCUGUGUGGGUCGAAUUCACAUAGAUUCCCUUAUAGGAAAUCUAUUCCUAGACUCUUAAAAGAAUUGCAGCGUGAGGUAAAUUUUACAUCUACUUUAAGCACUUUCUUUAAAUUGUCUUGUUGCCGCUGCACUCGUUUCAUUCACACUGUUGUCAAAUGUUACAUUAUGUCUUCCUCACCGCUGUAGUUCUGGAGUGUUUCUUUACUAUUAAUCUUCAUUAUUAAUAGCAACAAAUUAAUUUUCUUUUCAUAUAAGAACAGAAAUCACAUUGUUCUGUAUUUUACAUUUCACAAGACUUCAAACAUCGGAAGCAUUUCUGAAUCUUAAAUGCUAAAAAUUUGAUUCUGCAGAAACAGGUACUAAUAAAACUUCAAAAAUGUGUAUCACUUCUUUGAUUAAAGUUUUAACUCUGAUUAUUCUAACUUUGAAUGAUUGAACCAUUUAGUAUAACAAAUUAGGUUUGAUCAAACUUCAAACUGAAUUCUAGGAAAGGAUUUUUUUCUCAUAGAUUGGUUGAGUACUGUAAAUUUCUGUUCUUGGUGAAAUUAGUAAAUUGCAGUCUUCUGGAAAUAUUAGAUUUCUGCUGCAGUUUUUUUUUGCCCUGGUGUUUGCCAGGUUAUCCUCUCAACACUGUGCAUAACCCACUCUCUCUUUAUCUCCAUGCUGCCCCCCCCCCCCCCGAUCUGCCUGCAGAUGUUAAGUGUUUGUAACAAACAAAUUUUAGUUUAUCAAUCCAAGCGAAUAUGCCUCAUGGUGUUUGCAAAUUACUAUAACGAACAGAACAUCAAUUCUACAUUUUUGAAAUUUUCUCAGUCUGCAUUUUUUAUGUUUGGAUUCUCAAGUUUAUUUGUGCUCUAUUAACAAUUAUUCUUGGUAAGAAUUCACAUUAAGUUAGAAUGUUAAUAUAGGUAGUUGGAUGCUAUCGCAACUGCAGAGGAUGCGUGUACUUUGGAAAUAACUUUCAGAGGACAAUCAUUUUUAUAAUUGGAUCUGCUCAGUUCAUAGCUUUUUGAAUGGUUCCUGAUUCCAGAUACCUUCUGAAUCAAACCUUGGCUUAUCCAAAAGGCUGUUGUUUCUCCAAAAUACCCUGCAUUAGAUUUUAUUGACACAUCACCCAAGCCUUGUUAGCCUUUGCUAACUCAAGUGCGCACAAAACCUCGUCUUUAGUCGAUAGCUUAUUCUAUUCACCACUCUGGGUUUCUCUUCUAUUAACACUGAUGUGUUUACAUGGCACCUUGCACAUGGUAAAGUUUUAUAAGAUGUUUCACAGAUAUAGCAAACCAGAUUUGACACUGAGACCCUUGGGAAGUAUUUCCAUCAUUUUCUGUUUCAAUUACUAGCACCAUGUCUUCUGAAGCCAUUGGCACCAAUGAGGAAAAAUUACAAAUUGCCAUGACUAAUCCAGUCUUCAUUUACCAGCUCCAGAACCUGGAGCUUAUUGCUCUUCAAACACAUCUACAAGGACUCCAGUAUUUUGAAGUUUUCUGUCUUGACUACAUUUUCAGUAUAUUUCUGAUCUCUAACACUCACCUUAAACACUUACAGAUGCUGCAUUUAAUGGUGUCUUAAGCUACUAAUUUUUAAAAAAUAAUAUUAUCAUUUUGAAAGUUAUUUUGGUAUUAGGAAAUUAAAGUUUUUGACUGAG